AUGCCGCAUAUUGAAGUGAUUGCGUGGAUCGAUGCAAAUGCAAGCGUGGCGACACAGGCACGUCUGCGUGCGCUUGGACCCGAGCUGGCUGUAUUCUCCGAUUUAGAAUCAUGUAUUGAUCAUAUCAGCUCCCCUGAUAAAUCAUUUGCUGAUGUACUGUUGAUUGUCUCAGGUUCGUUCGGACAAAAUCUAGCACAUGUUCUUAAUGGUUUACCUCAAGUAUAUGCUGCGUAUGUCUAUUGUUUUAAUAUUAGCAAACAUGUUGCAUGGGCUGAAAAAUACUCUAAAAUCGGCAUCUAUCGAGUACUGAACCGAGAAGAUGAUCUUCUUACACGAAUUGCUGGCGAUUUAAAAGAUGCACAAGAUCAGACAUGUGAACUACCGGCGGCCACAUUUCUGAGUCGCAUUGUACCCAAUGAACAAGAAACGAAUACAGGAAUCAACAUCUUUACUGCAGAUGAACUAAAUAAAACAACGCGCGAUCUAACCGAAGAAAAAGUUGCUUUUGUAUGGUUUCAAGUCUUAAGUGAAAUUCUCAUUACGAUGCCUCAACUACCAACAGCCAAGGAAGAACUGCUUGAAGCAUGGAGUCAAGCAUGUGGUACUAGCCGUAAUGAGACGAACCUAAUCGAUCAAUUUCGUCGAGAUUACACACCAGAGCAAGCAUUUUAUUGGUAUACUCGAAAUACGUUUCUCUACAAAUCUUUAAAUCAAGCAUUGAGAUCUGAAAAUAUUGACAAUAUUUAUAAGUUUCGAUUGUUUAUUGCUGAUUUACAUGAACAAUUGACAAGCGAAUUUCAAUCUUCUGAUCCAGCGGAACCAGACUUAACAGUUUAUCGUGGUCAACGCAUGACCAUAGCUGAAGCCGAAAAAUUGUGUCAUAAUCUUCAUGGUCUUAUUUUCAUGAAUAGUUUCGUUUCAACGACAGUCGAUAAAGCAGUGACACGCUCUUUUCUCACAGCAAAGAGUAAAGACCAACGAAAGACAACGGUGAGCGUUCUGUGGAAAAUGCUGCUCAAUAAGGAUAUCGCUCGAGAAACACAAAAACCAUUUGCAGAUAUUAAAAACUUCAGUGCUUUUAACAAAGAAGCUGAAAUUCUCUUAAGCAUGGGUACGAUAUUUCGUAUUGAUAAAAUUGAACGAUCGUCGCCGGAUUCCUAUUGCUUCGAGUUGACGAUGUGUCGAGCCAGUAUUGAUCCACAGCAUCAAGCAUUAUAUGAUUAUACACAAAAACAAAUCGCCUCUGUAGAGGGAAUGAAUUAUUCCACAUACGGAAAGUUUCUCGCUUUCAUGUCAUGUUUCGACAGUUCGAUUGCUUAUUAUCAUCAAGUCUUAUCAAAAGUGCCCAAGCCAUUGAAGCUCAAUGACGUUGCUCUAGCAACCAUUCAUAAUGAUUUAGCUUAUGCAUAUCGAGAGUCCCAUCGAUAUCAAGAAGCAGUCCGACAUUAUCAAACUGCUCUUGAUUUAAGGUUGAUGCAAGGGCCUAGCGGUGAAAAGGAUUUGGCAAUAACUUAUAGUGAUUUUGGAUGGUUGCUGAUGAACAUGAGGCAUAUGGAAAAAGCGCUCAAUUUUCAUCAACGAGCAUUGAAAAUUCGAGAGAGAAGUUUGGGUUACAACCAUAGCGAUACUGCUAUGUCAUAUAACUGUCUCGGCCUCGUUGCUACAUAUACUGGAAAUUUUGAUCUCGCUUUACAAUAUCUGACAAACGCAUUGACUAUUCGACGAGAAUGCUUACCUGCUCAGCAUCCUUUCAUAGCUAUGACGUUUUCAUCAUUCGGUUCCUAUUACGAGGCGCUCAGUGAUUAUUCUGAGACAGAGAACGUAUCGGGAGAAGCACUAAAAAAUCGUUCCCUAGCGUUGGAGAUGCACAAACAAGCCCUUUCAAUUUACAAGAAUUCCGUACCGCCUACACAUGGUAUUCUCGGUAGUAGUUACAGAUCCGUAGGCUUACUGUAUCUUCGACACAGAGAAUGGCAAGCAGCCAUCCAACACUUAACAGCAUGCGUAUUUAUUCGACGCAGAAGUGGCAGCGAUAGGCUUCCAGAUUCCCUGUAUAAUUUGGGACAAGCCUAUGCCGGGCAAGGCGAAUAUCAACGAGCGAUCGAUUUUUACGAAGAAGCUUUAACGCUCGCCGAAAAAGCAGGAGAAAAUAGACUCGCUGAACAGAUUCAGAGAAAUAUUCAAAGAUGCAAAAAUAGAUCUGACUAA